AUGCGGGCAUUCUGCUCACUUCUGCUGCUGGCCGCUGUGCCAGCAGUAUUGGCGGUCAAGACCCAAGACUUCAAGACAUGCUCGCAGUCUGCAUUCUGCCGCAGAGGUCGUGGAUUGUCGGCUAGAGCGCAAGAGGCUUCAUCGUCGUGGGUUUCUCCGUAUUCCGUAGAUGCGUCUACUAUCUCAAUCGCGCCCAACUUGGCGUCGUUCACCGCUGCGGUCAAGUCAUCACUGUACCCUGACAUCAAGUUUGGACUAGACGUACGGAUACAUGAUGACGGCGUGGUGCGGGUGCGCAUGGACGAAGUCGAUGGACUGCGCAAGCGCUACGAUGGUGCUGCAUCCUGGGCACUUGUAGCUGAGCCCGAGCUCAGUAGUAAGAUCCGCUGGUCCGUUGGCAAGGCGGAUGUGCGCGCCAAGUACGGGGACAAGAAGGACGUCGAAGUCGUCGUCGCGUUUAACCCAUUGCGAGUGACACUACUCCAGGGAGGAAAAGAGCAGGUAGUACUUAAUGGGAAGGGGCUCUUGCAUAUGGAACACUUCCGGGCGAAAGAGAACAGCCCCAAGGAGGAGCCUGCGGGUGAGAGUGAGCAGGUAGUGAUGCAAGUCAACAAUAGGGCGUGGUUCGAGGGCGAUAGUGAGGAUGAAUAUUGGGAGGAGAAGUUCGGCUCGUGGACGGACAGCAAGCCAAAAGGUCCCGAAUCGCUCUCCCUUGAUAUCUCAUUCCCGAACCACGGACAUGUCUAUGGUAUCCCUCAGCAUGCGACGCGUCUCUCAUUGCCGACCACAACAGGCGAGAAUGCUUACUACUCCGAGCCAUACCGUCUGUAUAACGCAGAUGUGUUUGAGUAUCUUGCCGAUUCGCCGAUGUCACUGUAUGGCUCCAUCCCGGUCAUGCAUGCGCACUCGGCCGGAUCGACUGUCGCGAUCUUCAAUGCCGUUGGGUCAGAAACAUGGAUUGAUGUCGCGCAUCCCUCGCCCAAGUCCACCGAGACGCACUGGAUCUCCGAAUCCGGUAUUCUAGACGUUUUCAUCAUGCCGGGGCCGACGCCUGCAGACAUCUUUGCACAGUACACCAGACUCACAGGCACACCUGCGUUGCCGGCGCAUUGGGCACUUGGAUACCACCAGUGCAGAUGGAACUACAUCAGUUCUAAUGAUGUGCGUGACGUGCAGAAGCGCUUCGAUAUGGAGGACAUGCCCGUCGAUGUAUUUUGGCUGGACAUUGAGUAUGCCGAAGAGCACAAGUACUUCAUUUGGGAUAAAAAGAACUUCCCGGACCCAGUAGACAUGAUGCACGAUGUGGAAGAUAUUGGCCGCAAGAUGGUUGUUAUUAUUGAUCCGCAUUUGAAGCGCACGGACAACUAUCCUGUAUAUCAGGAAGCAAACGAACGCGGUCUACUCGUAAAGUCAGCGGAUGGAGAGAAGGAUUAUGAAGGGUGGUGCUGGAGCGGUAGCAGCGCCUGGAUUGACUUUUUCAACCCGAAUAGCUGGGACUGGUGGAAGACUCUGUUCAAGACGUUGCCUCAAGGCGACAGGUGGUCUUGGACGGACAGUACAAUAGACACGUACAUCUGGAACGAUAUGAAUGAACCAUCGGUGUUCAACGGACCAGAAAUUAGUAUGCCCCGCGACAAUGUUCACCACGGGGGUUGGGAACACCGCGAUAUCCACAAUAUCAAUGGGAUGCUUUUGCACAAUUUAACGUCUCAGGCGGUCAUGACUCGCACCGACCCACCGAGGAGACCAUUCGUUCUGACACGCUCUUUCUAUGCCGGUUCCCAGCGCUUUGGCGCAAUGUGGACGGGUGAUAAUCUGGGUACGUGGGAGCAUAUGGCCGCUGGCGUCCGCAUGGUGCUCGCGAACAACAUUGGAGGCUUCAGUUUUGCAGGAUCCGACGUUGGCGGUUUCUUCGGGAACCCCGAUUCAGAGAUGUUGGUGCGAUGGUACCAAGUCGGCAUCUUCUCGCCGUUCUUCCGUGCGCACGCCCACAUCGACACCAAGAGGCGUGAGCCAUAUCUCUUGGACGAGCCAUACAAGAGCAUCAUCCGGAAUGUCUUGCGUAUGCGCUACAGUAUGUUGCCGGUGUGGUACACAGCCUUCCGCGAGACGAGUGUGACCGGCUUGCCGGUCUUGCGACCCCAUUACGUCGCCUUCCCCCAUGACGAGGCAGGUUUCGCGAUAGACGACCAAUUCUUUGUGGGCAGCUCCGGGCUGCUGGUCAAGCCUAUUGUCGAAAAGGGUGCGACGCACACCACCGUGUAUCUUCCGGAAGAUCAGGUUUAUUACGACUAUUUCACGCAUGAUGUGCACCGCGGAGCAUCGAAGGGAAAGAGCGUUACCAUCCAGGCCGACCUGCACAAGACACCUCUUCUCAUUCGCGGAGGAUCCAUCGUACCUACACGCGAGCGCCCAAGGCGAUCAUCUCCGCUUAUGAAGUACGACCCAUUCACCUUGCGCAUUGCCCUGAGCAAUCAGGACGUGGCGCAUGGAGAGCUGUACCUCGACGACGGCGAAACGUACUCUCACCGCGAUGGCCACUUCGUGUGGCGGGAAUUUAUUGCUGAGAAGACGGAGAAGAAAUCCAAGGCUGUGCGCAUCAGCAGCCGGAAUCUGGCUGCGCAAAAACCGGGAGAGGCGGUCGAUGGUGUAGCGCUGACAAAAUACGACGGCUCUAACGACUUCGCAAAGAGCAUGGCCGAUGUGCGAGUGGAGAGGGUUGUGAUUUUUGGCGCAGCUACGAAACCGGCCAGUGUGAAGAUGGGUGACUCGGAGCUUCAGUGGGAGUACACGCAAGGAGUGGCAGCGUCCGACAAAAGAGAAGGCAUGGCUAGCGUGCUGGUCAUCAAGGAUCCCGGCGUCAGCAUUACAAGCGACUGGGAAAUCGUGGUCCAGGCUUGA